GGCGCCAGUGCGGUAGCGAAGGUCCAGUGCAGGGGCCCUUGGUGCACGAGAGGAGCCAUGGUAAUAGAAGAGAAGAAACAUAAUCAAUGAUUGUGAAAUAAAUGGAAGAAGAUGGAAAAAACUUAAUGGGUUAAAAGCGUGGCGACUGCGCGAGACAUGGAUAGAUGCAAACAUGUGGGGCGGUUACGGCUCGCCCAGGACCACUCCAUCCUGAACCCGCAGAAGUGGCGCUGCCUGGAGUGCGCCACCACCGAGUCGGUGUGGGCGUGCCUCAAGUGCGCGCACGUGGCCUGCGGCCGCUACAUGGAGGACCACGCGCUGAAGCACUUCCAGGAGACCGGGCACCCGCUGGCCAUGGAGGUCCGGGAUCUCUACGUGUUCUGCUACCUGUGCAAGGACUACGUGCUCAACGACAACCCCGAGGGGGACCUGAAGCUGCUGAGGAGCUCGCUCCUGGCCGUGCGGGGCCAGCAGGACCGGGCCGGGCGCGGGAGGACGCUGCGCUCCAUGGCUUCGGGCGAGGACGCGGCCCUGCCCCCGCCGCCGCGCGCGCCUCACGGACAGCCGCAGAUGCUCACGGCGCUGUGGUACCGGCGCCAGCGCCUGCUGGCCAAGAUGCUGCGGCUGUGGUUCGCCCGGAGCUCGCGGGGCCGGGCCAAGCUGGAGCGUCGGCGGCAGGAGGAGGCGCUGGAGCGCAAGAAGGAAGAGGCGCGGCAGCGGCGGCGCGAGGUGAAGCGGCGGCUGCUGGAGGAGCUGGCCAGCGCGCCCCCGCGCAAGAGCGCGCGCCUGCUUCUGCUCGCGCCCCGCCCUGCCGCGCCCGCCGCGCCCGCCGCCCUGGCCACUGCCCGCCGCGCCCCCACCGCCGCCGCCGCCAGCCCGCUCAAGCCGCGCCGCCAGCCCACCGUGGCCCCCGGCGUCACAGGCCUGCGCAACCUAGGCAACACCUGCUACAUGAACUCCAUCCUGCAGGUGCUCAGCCACCUCCAGAAGUUCCGGGAGUGCUUCCUGAACCUCGACCCCUCCACCACCGAGCACCUCUUUCCCCAGGCCGCCAACGGCAAGGCCCCCCUCCCCGGCAGGCCGGCCAGCUCUGCCACCCAGCUGUCUGCCAAGAGCGACCGGGUGGAGGGCCUCUGCUGGAACGGUGGCGCGUCCAUCAGCCGGAGCCUGGAGCUCAUCCAGAACAAGGAGCCCAGCUCCAAGCACAUUUCCCUCUGCCACGAACUGCACACCCUCUUUCGAGUCAUGUGGUCCGGGAAGUGGGCCCUGGUGUCGCCCUUCGCGAUGCUCCACUCGGUGUGGAGCCUCAUCCCCGCCUUCCGCGGCUACGACCAGCAGGACGCACAGGAAUUUCUCUGCGAGUUGCUUCACAAAGUACAGCAGGAACUCGAGUCCGAGGGCUCCACGCGCCGGAUCCUCAUCCCCUUCUCCCAGAGGAAGCUCACCAAACAGGUCUUAAAGGUGGUCAACACCAUAUUUCAUGGGCAGCUGCUCAGUCAGGUCACAUGUGUAUCAUGCAAUUACAAAUCCAAUACCAUUGAGCCCUUUUGGGAUCUGUCCCUGGAAUUCCCUGAACGCUAUCACUGCAUAGAAAAAGGGUUUGUCCCUUUGAAUCAGACAGAGUGCCUGCUCACUGAGAUGCUGGCCAAGUUCACAGAGACAGAGGCGCUAGAAGGGAGAAUCUACGCUUGUGACCAGUGUAACAGCAAACGACGAAAGUCCAAUCCAAAACCCCUUGUUCUGAGUGAAGCUAGAAAGCAGUUAAUGAUCUACAGACUACCUCAGGUCCUCCGGCUGCACCUUAAGAGAUUCAGGUGGUCUGGCCGUAAUCAUCGAGAGAAGAUUGGGGUCCAUGUCGCCUUUGACCAGGUAUUAACCAUGGAACCUUACUGCUGCAGGGACAUGCUCUCCUCUCUUGACAAAGAGACCUUUGCCUAUGAUCUCUCCGCAGUGGUCAUGCAUCACGGGAAAGGGUUUGGCUCAGGACACUACACAGCCUAUUGCUACAACACAGAGGGAGGUUUUUGGGUUCACUGCAAUGACUCAAAGCUGAAUGUAUGCAGUGUGGAGGAAGUGUGCAAAACCCAGGCCUACAUUCUUUUUUACACUCAAAGAACAGUGCAGGGAAAUGCAAGACUCUCAGAACCCCAACUCCGAGCUCAGGUGCAGUCCAGCAACAAGGAUGAAGGCAGACCACAGACAUUCCCCUGACUGGGAGGCGUAUAAAGACUGCCUUGCUUUGACUCUAUUGAUGUCCACACAUCUUUCCUCUCAUAGAAAAUAAGGCCUACUACAAGAGCAGAUUACUAGGUUUGCCUCACUGAGUCUAGAGUAGAAGGUGAUUCCUGUCCUGUCAAAAUUUGUAGUCACUUUGUGUUGAAUGCAUUUGGAAAUUCCCUCCUUUCAUAAAACACCAAAAGGAGUAACUUCUAUGGAGACUUCCAUCAUUG